GUGCGUGACAAUAGCCGGAGCUUCAGUCGUUGUUGACCAGCGGGUCUGCACAGUUGUAUUAGUGAAAACAUAAUCAUAAUGAUGCUGAGAACUAUUGUGUUCGCCUUUUUGGCUGUGGCCGUCCUGGCCGAGGAGUUCAACCUGCCUGAAGACAAAGCGGCUCAGCUCCGCGCCAUGCUCGUGCAGCAGUGCAAGAAGAACAACGCCGAAGACAAAGUAGACCAGGUUGAGAAUGUUGGCAAGAGCUUCGUGAACUGCGUCAAGAGUCUGUUCGAUAUGGAAACGCUGAAGAAGGAAAUUGAGGAAGCCAAACCCAACGGUGCUCUCGAUGAAGUCUUCAAGAAGUACUGCGCCAAGACCCCUGAACUGAAGAGCUGCAUCUACAACCUAUUGGAUGGCGUGUCUCCCUGCCUGGACGGAAAUAUGCGCGACCAGAUCAACUCGGCUAAGAACGGCACAGACCAGUUCAUCGACUUCAUUUGUUACAAGGACGGCGACAGAAUUGCAUUGUUCAUCGCAGAAGGUGGACCCCAGUGUUUCCAGAGCAAGGCUAACGAGAUCAGGACUUGUGCCGAAAACAUCAAGGAGGGCUUCAAGAGCGUCGAUGAGGUUAAGAGCCUUACCCUUGCUCAAAAGUGCGCUAAAUUCGACGAGCUGUCAAGCUGUGUGGUGAACAAGUUGGAAGGCUGUGAGACCCCCACUCCCGCCAACAUGGCGGAGUCUCUCUUCAGAUUUGUACGUAAAGGCUCGCCGUGCAACGAUGUCAAAGCUUGAAUACUGAAGAACUGAUAUGCUGACAGUGCCGAGCUAGGACUGAUCAUUAAGUGCCAAUAAUAAUUAUGUAACUGUUGUGCAAAAACUGUAACGUUUAAUACAUAAACAUAAGAACUA